UCUGUUUCUAGGUGAAAGAGGAAACGAUGGACUCCAGAAGCUACUCCAGCCCUCCAGACAGGCUCUCCAUCUUCUCUGAAUCUGCCCACUUGCCACCGUCCAGGCCCUUCUACCUGGACCCCAUGGUCACUGUCCACCUGUGCUCUGAGGCCCCCGCACCACCCCCUUAUGCAGAGGAGCUGCCUCUGCUGCCCUUUUCCAGCGAUACGCUGAUCAUGGACAAUUAUGGGGACCCGUACCCCUUCCCCUUCCCCAUGCCUUAUGUCAACUACAGGCGUUGUGACUAUGCCUAUGGGCCAGCCUUCAUCCGCAAGAGGAAUGAGCGUGAGAGGCAGCGAGUCAAGUGUGUAAACGAAGGCUAUGCCCGGCUGCGGCGGCACCUGCCCGAGGACUACCUGGAGAAGCGACUCAGCAAAGUGGAGACACUCAGAGCUGCCAUCAAGUACAUCAGCUACCUGCAGUCUCUCCUGUACCCAGAUGUGACUGAGGCCGAGAGGAACCCUCCAACCACCAGCUGCGGCCCCCUAGGCCCCUCUCUAAGGGUCAUUUGAGUCUGCGUUUUCCAAAAUGGGGUCUCCUACAGCAUCACUCAGUAGAUUCUCACACACGUGGUUUUGGGGAGGGGACAACAGCAGUCCCUCUGCCAACCUUCAUUAAAUGUUGCUUACGUGAGUUUCAGAUGUACUGAAGUAUCUCAUGCUGACUGAGAAUCUCAUGCUGGCCUCACUGCUCUAAGAACACUGAGGGUGGAGUUCCCAGGGGUCUCUGCACCUCCCACCCCACCCUUCUUCCACUCUUGGCCAAAGGCUCUCUCCAAUGUAAGGAGAG